CUCCUCCCCAGGACUUUUCGUCGAUGCCACACCCAAGGGCGAGUGAAAGCAGACCCCAGCCGACGAUUGACAAGGCACACAGCAUUGGUAGCACUGAUAUAGCCAAGCUGGCGGAGAACACUCUAUCAUCCGACUCGUUGGUGGCACCCAAGCACUAUCCCACGGCUGCCAAUAUCUCCAGCUCUCAGCUCCUGGACGCUUCUCUGCGUCAGUUUACGCCGUACAUGGGUGUCUCAAGUUGCAAUUACGCCCCAUCGGAGUUGACCCCGACAAAGUCAAAGUCUAUAAAAGCCACGACACCCACGACUCGAUCGCAGCAGCUCAGUCCCGAAGUCGGUCCACGCCGACCUUCCCGAUCUAGUCCCAACACCCAGCAAAACCAAGACGACGAUAUGCCACCUACCAGAAGCCCCAGAGCCGAAGAUAUCAACAAUCUCCGCAUGCAGAUUCAGGGGCUGCAGCAUCAGCUGGACAACACAAAACAGGACGCCAGCACACACUCCACCCCUUCAUCCCUCUGUAGAAGUGCCGCUGAGAAGCCUACAAAGCCCAAGCACGGAUUGCUUCACAAACUACGCAGGCUCUUCACGAGACCAGGAUCCAAGCACGACUCCAAGCCGGGGUCUUUGUCUGUGACAGACUCCGAACCAACCUCGGUUCCUACAUCUGUGUCGGUUCCUGUCCGAGGAUCUGAUCGAGUAUGAAUGUCUGCGUUGCUUAUGUCCUUGAAUAGAGCUUGCACAAGCACAAGCACGCACGGCCG